GUUGACUGGAUGGGCAAAUUUAAGAAAUUAGUAAACAAAGAGUAAUGACGAAUUUUCUUUUUAUAAAAUGUCCUGCGAAAUUCGUGUGACAGCAUGUAUACAAGAAAUUAAUAAAAUAAGGAAAUGUUUAUUCCCAACUGAUGACCAAAGAGGUACUGACAGCUGGCUUCAAUCUUGUAAACUAUCUGCAUGCCCUACUGGGGAUUUGCUUGUUAUUGCAAAUGAAAGAAAAAUUGUGGUUCUUACUCCAAAAUGGGAUCCUCAAUCCUCCCUGAAUCUCUUUCAAAUAUCUUACUCAGGACCCAUCCAUGACUAUGAUAAAGUAAAAGCUGUUUUAUGUUUACCUGUUGUAGGCCAAAAUGGUAACACUAGUUUAGGUCCUGAAUGGACAUGUAUUGUGAUAGGAUUUGAUUCCGGACAUGUAAGAUUUUACUCUGAGAAUUGUGAAUUGUUAUUUGAAGAACAAUUUCAUGCUGAAAAUAUAACAACCAUAAAAUGUAGAUCCCAACAUAAUCCAAGACCUGAUUUAUCACCAUAUCUACACCCAGAAGAAAUAUAUGUGCAAUACCAAAGUAAUUUAUGUGUGCUCAAUGGUAUCCAGUUGAUCCAAACUUUAAGAAGUUGCCGUAACCAACCAAAAAAUCAGGAUAUUCCUCCUUUAGUUCCUAAAAAAUGGGGUUUUCAAGAUCAAUCUGUUAUUAAUGAUAGUGUUGUAGUAGGAUUAAAUCUCUCCAACACAUUUGAUCAUCUGUUGACAGCUUCAACUUGUGGAGGUUUUCAUUCAAAAUACAGGGCUGUACCUCCAAACAAUACAUUGGUUGUUGCAGCUGGUUCUAAACCUUUUUUAGGGUACCACUAUGCAUUAGAAGGAGGAGGGCAGCCUGUUCUAAGUGAUGUUGCUAAAGCUGUAGCUAAUAAGUUAAAAAAUACCUUGCCGAGCUGGUUAACUGGAAACAAAUUUGUUCAAGAAAAGCAAGUAUCUGUAGCAGUGCAGCCUGCCGAUGCCAUGGGAUGUAGAUUUGGACUAUGUGACCUUAGACGCACAUCCUCUGAGAUAAUUCUAUCUCCAGAUCAUAAGUUGGCUGCGGUUUGUGAUAGUUUAGGCCGUAUUUUACUGGUAGAUACUUUCAAAGGAAUAGUCCUUAGAAUGUUUAAGGGCUAUAGAGACGCCCAAUGCUCAUUUAUUCAAGUCGCAGAUGAAAGGAAAUCAAAACAUAGAUUAGGCAAUAAGGUAGCUCAUUUUUUGGUGAUUUAUUCUCCCAAAAAAGGAACUUUAGAAAUAUUUUCUGUGCAACAAGGAACUAGAAUAUCAAUAUUUACAGCCUCCAAGUACAGUAGGUUGUUAUAUAUUAAUUAUGGUUUAGUAGGUUUCAGUAAUACUUCUAAAAGCAAAUUUAUUUGCCAGUAUACGACUUUGUUCAUUGAUAAUGAUGGACAGGUAAAAGAGUUUUCUGUGCCGUUCCACUUUGCUCUUGCUGAAAAGAACAAUAAGAGAGCCAGAGAUAUACAUUUAUACAAAAAAUUCCGACAUCUACUAAAAUCUGAGUUAGUAGAUAAUGACAGGCUGUUAAACGAGUCAUUAAACACUUGUACUGAACUAAAAACUAUAGAAGGGAAGACUCAGAUGGUGGAAAUGCUAUUGGGAAAUAAAAAUGUGCCUCCUGAAGUAAGUCUUUGUUGUGUCCAGUAUUUUGUAAAUGAAUUAGAAAGUGAAGAAUCGCUUAAUUUAAAAAUUUUGUGCCAAAAUGCUAGUCUUUUAUUAGAAUUAUUUUUGUUCAUCACGAAUCCCGUAGACAUUGAAGCGGAAAACGGAAACGAAUCACAUAAUGAAUUUUCCUUGAACAUAGAUGUAAAAGAAAUGAAAAAUUUGCAAAAAUUACUAGACCUAAGUAUUGUUAAUGACAAUGUUAAUCUUCCAGAAGUACAUGUCAAAUUUACUGAUGGUUUAAAAUUCUUCCCUUCAGAAUUCAUCUCUGUUUUUGACUGUUCCAAGCCAGAUAUUGUCAGUCUUAAACCAAAUCUGGACGACGAUUUGAAAUUCAAAGCGUCGGAAAUUAUUUUCAAGCCCUAUAUUUUAGGAACAAUGAAAAAUAUUUCCGAACUACAAACAAAAUUAACAAACUUAAAAAUAUCAACCAAGAAUCUUUUUGAUUUACUAGUCAAUUAUUGGGUCAAUAGGUCCCUGCAUAUCAACCUAAAUCUAGAAAAAGAAAUUCAAAAACUAGCAGAUAUUAUGUACGCGUUCGUAAAAAUAUCCAAAGAAGACGUGAAUCCAGAAUACGGGGAGAAAUCCAAGUUCUGGUGUCAAAUCAGAGACGUUCUGGCCAAUUCCGCACGUCCUUUUCCGGCUCUUAUGGCCGCCAUUUUGUGUAAAAACGUUGCCCAUAAGUUUGAAAUGGAAGUGCAAUUAGAGGAGUCAGGAACGAGUUUGGAUGAUAUGGAUAUGGAAGUUUUGUCCCAAGAGAAUGUUGCAUGGUCUCUGCUGAUAGGUAAGCUUGAAGACAUUUCACUUCUGAACAUAAUCAUGUCGACCAAACCUCCACCAGUUGAGAAUUCUUUGCCAACAUUGAAACCAGAGGAGGUUCAUAUUAGUCUCAAAUACGUUCUACAAAAAGGUAAAGGAUCCGUAAGCGAAUUAGUUGCCCAGUGGCUGACGAGAGUUGGAGUGAAUCCCCAAUGUAUUUUAUCCCAUGAGGAUCAAGAUAGAAACAAAGAAAAUGAUCAAGAGAAUACUGCCGUCAAUGCUGGAAAUCCUGUUGCAGAAGUGAAACUAUUUGAACAUCUGAGCUUACUGCGAAGACAAUUUCCUUAUAGUGUCGAAGCCAACUGCAUUUUGACGAACAUGUCUUGGGAGUAUGCUACAGCUUGGCAGAAGGAUAUGCAGAACCUAAAUCUUUUGCAAGCUGCCAUAAGUUGUUUAAAUUGUGUUACAAAUAUUCAUAUGAAGCAAGGUCUUUAUCAACUUCUUUGGAACACACACUUAAAAAUUGUAAGUGAAAGUGCCUGCAAAUUGAUAAACAAAGUUGGAAAACUGCCCAAAGAACGUCUUUGCCGACAAGAUACUGGUUUAACUGACUACCAAAUGUCUGUAUUCCUAAGCUUGUCAACAGAAUUUCUCGAUUCCUUCAUGGAAACUGUUAAAGAUACUGACAAUAUUCCAAAACCCGUUCUGAACUAUGAAAAUAUAUGGGAUAACGGAGGAAAACCUUUGGUAGAGCUAGCGGUACAACAGAAAAUUGUAAAUUUCGAGUUGCUACAUUUGCACUACCAAUUAAGUUUGAUCUUGUUGAUGAUCACUACGUUCUCUAUUAAGCAUUCCAAACCCAUUAACAAUCUUUUUGAAGCUUCUGUUGUUAAUGUAUUUUUCACUGACCUACAGAAAAAGGUUCAAAUAUCCUGCAACAGAUCAGAUAUAAGACUAAAUUUAUCCAGAACACAGUUUCUCUUUAAAAUAAUAUCGGCAACGCUAGAAACUAUCACAGUUAACGAAUCAGGUAAAAUAUACUUCACCGAUCACGUACAAUGGAUGGCUAAGUGUAUCAAUUUGGGGAAACUCUGGAACCUGGACGUUGAUGAACUGCGUAGGUACCAGAUCGUUCAACUUUAUUCCAAUGGUUAUGACAGCAUAGCUCAAGAACUUAUUCCAGCUGUGAAUGAAGCAAAAGAGCUGGGAAAGUGCCUUCUGAUCGUUGCUGCCAAAAGGCUCUCUCAGUUUUUGGUGUCUUCACCACAACUUAGUGAAAACAUCGGUGCUCUUAGCACCGUUCUCACUAAUUAUAUGGAAACUUUGAAUGACGAAUGGUGCGCGCCAAGUCCGUUGAAGGACAUAACGUUACUGGCAACUCAUACAAUACAUUGUUUGAUCGAAGAAGACAAUGAAUACAAGUUGGCAUCACUGUUACUGGAAUCGUGUAAAACAUUGGAAGAUUUGCAAUGAUAGACAACCUUGUUACAUUUUAAAAAUUUAUUUUAUUGUUAAAUUUACAAAAUAGCAUUUACAAAAUAUCUGUAACUAAAAAUAUACAAGGGCAAUAUUGUUUAUAAUUUUUAUGAA